AUUAAAUUGGCAAGUUCUGCAGAAUGAGGUUCAGAGUAUUGUUUAUCGUUUCUCUCUCCUUGUUUGCAUAUGGGACAUGUGAAAUAAAGGGUGUCAUUCACCAGCUUCCUUUGGUAGUUGCUGAACUUGGAAGCAGGGUGAUUUUACCCUGCUCUUAUUCAUUUGACUUGAUACACACUGUUUCAUGGUUUAAACAGUCUGUUGGCAAAAAACCUCUUCUUAUUGGAUAUUCAUCUCAUCUCUCAGGAAGUUUUAUAUAUCAAAAUGGCUUUGACAAGGUCAAACAGUACUCUUUUGAAGUUGGAACUGACUUUUUAAAUAUGAGCAUUAUAAACCUGAAGGAAAAUGAUUUUGCAAACUACUUUUGUGCUGUGACCUUCAUCAGCACAAUUCAGUUUGGAGAAGGGACGAUUUUGCUUCACAAAGGUGAGACUUCUUUAAAACGAGCUGUUUUGUGAGAACUUUUACUGAUGUUACUCCUGUAUUAAUAAACUAAAAUUGUAUUAGUAGAAAAUGAUAUCAUCUUUAUGGAUUUCUUUCAAAGGUAAAGAUUCUGCCAGUGGGUCCACAGUUCUCCAGCAGCCUGUAUCUGACAGACUUCAUCCAGGAGAUUCAGUAACUCUGCAGUGUUCGGUCAUCAGUCAGAUCUGUGCAGGAGAAUACAGCGUCUACUGGUUUAGACAUUCAUCAGGACAUUCUAAUCUAGGACUCAUUUACACUCAUGAUAACAGGAGUGAUCAGUGUAUGGACAGAUCAGAGAAUGGCUUUUCUUCCCAAAGCUGUGUCUACAGUCUCUCUCAGACUGAACUCAGACCAUCUGAUGCUGGGGUUUAUUACUGUGCUGUUGUCGCAUGUGGGAAGAUACACUUUGGAAAUGGAACAAAGUUAAUUGUUGAAGCAUCUUCGACUUUGACUUUUUGGAAUCCAGUUGUUUUAACCCUGUUCACAAUAAGCAUAAUAUCCAUUAUUGUGAACAUAUUUCUGGUGAAACUAAUUCACAAGAAUCACAAAAAAGAAGCUUCAAAACAACCCAGAAAUCAAAGGAAUCAGACAGAAUCCAAUGCCGUAAAUUAUGUAGCCCUGAGUUUUUCCAAAAGGCUUACAACCUCAAAAAGAUCUUCAGGGAAAACCAGCCAAGAAGAAACUGUUUAUUCACAGAUCACAAGGCAAUAGUUCAGAUAAUUACUAAUGCAAAGAAACUGUUGUUGUCAGCAUAGUUUUUGUAGUAGAUGUUAAUUUUACCAAUCUGGACAUUAUAGAAUAGAUUAGAAUACUACUUUAUUGUCAAUGAGCAACUGUACAACGAAAUUUGGUGCUUCUCCUCAGAGGUACAUCUGAUAUUUUUUUGUUUUUCUUUUUAUGUAUGUGUAUGAACAGGAUUAGUACAAUUAAAAAUACUGUCCUCAGCUUUCUUUA